GACAGCCAUGAAUGUGAUGGGAGGGGCGGACAGAGCAGCAGCAGCAAAUCUGGGGUCCAACAUCCUCUGUGCUGAAGCUUUUCUGCACCUCUCCUGCUUCUAGACCCUCACGAACCUCAACCCUGUCCACGAAUAUCUCCAGGUCUUAUGCACACAACGACAGGCGGUAAAGCGAAGCUCGGGGGGGCACCGCGUUAGUGACGAAAACCACAUUUUGUUUGAUUUUUCCCCACUUUGGCCCGGUGCGCCUCAGCAACCAGGAAAAUUGCUUGGUGUAGCUGUAUCGGAGAGAAGGCUCGAGAGGAGGUGAAACUGCGGGACACGAUGACCGAGAAAGACGCAUCGUCAGAGAAGAUAAUCUCAGAUGCAAUGGCUGAUCCUUCUCCAGCAAAGAGCAUGGGCGACCCUGGAAUUACACCUCUCUCUCCUUCACACACUCAGCAGAAUGAUACAGACCAGGUACCGUCAGGGCCGUCCUUCGUGGUCGUAGUUGCCAUUGACUUUGGCACCACAUCCAGCGGUUAUGCUUACGCCUUUGCUAAGGAACCAGAGUGCAUUCACACCAUGAGGCGUUGGGAGGGUGGGGACCCAGGCGUAUCCAAUCAGAAGACACCGACCACCAUCCUUCUCACUCCAGACAGGAAGUUCCACAGUUUUGGUUAUGCGGCUCGUGACUUCUAUCACGACCUGGACCCCAGCGAAUCCAAACACUGGCUUUACCUUGAAAAAUUCAAAAUGAAGCUCCACACCACUGCAAACCUGUCCAUCAACACUGACCUCCAUGCAGCUAAUGGGAAGCGUGUCAAAGCUCUGGACAUCUUUGCCUAUGCGUUGGCUUUCUUUAAGGAACAAGCACUGAAGGAGCUGAGUGAUCAGACAGGCGGCGAGUUUGACAACAGUGAUGUCAGAUGGGUGAUCACAGUUCCUGCCAUCUGGAAAAUGCCUGCAAAGCAGUUCAUGAGGGAAGCUGCUUACAAGUCUGGUCUGGUAUCCCGGGAAAACCCUGAGCAGCUGAUCAUCGCCUUAGAACCUGAAGCAGCAUCGAUCUAUUGCCGCAAGCUCCGCCUCCACCAGAUGGUGGACCUGGGCACCCAGACCACACAGAAUGGCUUCAGCCCCUCUGACAAUGUGGGCAGUGGGAUGAGCCAAGCAUCACCAGCAGCUAAGGAGCAUGUACGGCGCAACCGGCAGAGUCGCACGUUUUUGGUGGAAAAUGUCAUAGGGGAGCUUUGGUCGGAGCUGGAAGAAGGUGACCGAUAUGUGGUGGUGGACUGUGGUGGAGGAACAGUUGACCUGACUGUCCAUCAGAUCCGUCUUCCAGAAGGACAUCUGAAAGAGCUCUACAAGGCUUCGGGUGGCCCCUAUGGGUCCAUUGGGAUUGACUAUGAAUUUGAGAAGCUGCUGUGUAAGAUCUUUGGCCAAGAUUUCAUUGACCAAUUUAAGAUAAAGAGGCCAGCUGCGUGGGUGGAUCUGAUGAUUGCAUUUGAGUCUCGAAAGAGAGCUGCAGCCCCUGACAGAACCAAUCCUCUCAAUAUUAACCUGCCCUUCUCCUUCAUUGACUACUACAAGAAGUUCAGGGGCCACAGUGUGGAACAUGCUCUGCGCAAAAGCAAUGUGGACUUUGUGAAGUGGUCAUCUCAGGGGAUGCUGCGGAUGAAUCCAGAUGCUAUGAACUCCCUCUUUAAGCCCACCAUAGACCACAUCAUCCAACAUCUCACUGAGCUCUUCGAGAAGCCAGAAGUCAGUGACAUCAAGUUCCUGUUUUUAGUGGGAGGUUUUGCCGAGUCUCCCUUGCUGCAGCAAGCUGUCCAGAACAUGCUUCAGGGCCGCAGCCGCAUUAUCAUUCCCCAUGACGUUGGCCUAACCAUCCUGAAAGGCGCUGUUCUGUUUGGCCUGGACCCCAGUGUGAUUAAAGUCCGCCGCUCGCCACUCACAUACGGGGUUGGUGUCCUCAAUCGUUUUGUGGAGGGGAAGCACCCACCGGAGAAGCUGCUAGUUAAAGAUGGAACGCGCUGGUGCACGGACGUCUUCGACACCUUCAUAGCUGCGGACCAGUCUGUGGCACUUGGCGAGAUGGUCAAGCGGAGCUACACGCCGGCUAAACCUUCCCAGCAGGUUAUUGUCAUCCAUGUUUACUGCUCUGAGAAGGAGAAUGCGAGCUUCAUCAGCGAGCCCGGUGUCAGGAAGUGUGGGACACUGCGCUUAGACGUGAGUGGAACAGAAAGUACAGCGGCACGCCGAGAGAUCCAGACGCUCAUGCAGUUCGGCGACACGGAGAUCCGAGCCAUGGCAGUGGACGUGUCUACCGGACGCACUGUCAAAGCUAGCAUUGAUUUCCUAAGCCAUUAAGUAUCAAAAGAGAAGUCGUGCUCAGUCCGGAGCUGUGGAGACGGACGCUAACAGCUUACACAUACAUACAAACACACACCUGUAGGGGCGUGUACCGGGAAGGUUCAGUCGCUCUUCAUUUAAGCACUAAAGUGAUGAUGUGUGCAAACUUAACUCAGACAUUCAGCUUUAGAAUCCGCGUAUCAUCGAGGUAAGAGAGGCACUAAUGAGAGCUUAGUAUGUUUUAGGUUCGUCACUUCACCACAACUGUCAGGUUUCGUGGAUAAGCAGCUUUCUAGUGGUCAUUCCCUCCAAGGAAACCCCUGAACCCAGUGAUGAGGCUUAAAAGCUCCUGACAGAAGCUUCUCCAUACUUUAAUCUAUGUUAAGCAGAUCUACUGCCUCUGGCACAGAGAGGAACACAUACGGUGAAUUCAUCUUUGUUUGUUGUUGUUCUGUUCUGAGACUAUGAAAGGGUCAGUAAACAUCCUCAGAAGAGCUACACAAAAAUAUCUUAAUGUUCUUCUAUAUAAACUCGUGUCAUGUUAGUAGUUCUGCAAUAUUCAGCCCUUUGAAUGGUUCCCUCGAGGGCAAAACACACAGUUUUCCUUAUACAUGGCCAGUCUGCCAAAUGGACGACUUGCAGUCAUCUUCCAUUUGUGAGAUUGCUAGCUUAAAAAUAACUAGCAUUACUAUGUAAAAAUGUUCAGCUAUGGAGGAUUGAUGCAAAGUGUUAACGCUGUGACAUCUUUGGGUAGCCGCUACAAGUGAAACCACGCUGACUCGCUAACAUUUACCAAAACUAAAGUUACAAAUAUACACUAUAUCAUUCUUAAUGCGUUGAGAACGCACGCAAAAAUAUUAAUUUGAGUCAUUUUGCUCUUUUUUCCAUUAAUGGGAGAUGUGAGAGUAGUUCAUAUUUUUAGAUUGAAUUCAGCUUCCAGCAUGGGUGGACUCUCACUGUCAGGCUCAUUCAUUCAUAGAUUUCAUUAUUACAAUCUAUGAAAAACGUGUUUUACAUCCUGCAUAGACAUUUAAUACUUACAUACAUAAGCGAUCAUAUUUGUGCUUCGCCUGUAGCAACAUACUUUAUGUUUACAGCCUCAUGUAGGGUUUGGUGCACUCAUGGUAGUCACUGUACCAUCUGUAGAAAUAUGGGUUUUUACUCAACCGAGGUUGCUGAUUUUUUCGACUUUUAUUAGCCUUUGUCCACCGCUGGAGUGGAAAGCUUCUUCUACCAGGAAAAACAUGCUGUCCUCUUCAUGCUUUGGUUUCAUGAUCAAGCCUUUAGACCCAGUACCACACAGACGAAGGGAACCCGUGUAAAGGCUGAAGGUGUGGUGAUUCUAUUGCAACUACAUUUAUAGUAGUAUAUUUAUAAAGUAUAUAGCCACUUUACCAUUAGGCUGAAUCAUGCAAAUGCACCAGCUUGGCCCUUUGAUGUAAUCCAGUGUUAUAUCUGAUUCCAGUAAUGUGAAAUGUGCUGCAAGCUCAAUCCUAAAGAAAGAACAACCAUCAAUCUGCUUAACUGUGGCCUUUAUUAGUUUUUGCUUCUGAUUAUCAGCUGUGGAAAGAAUGACCCCGCCCACUCGACCUCUUUGAUUGCACGUAUAAGGUGCAGCAGGCCAGUUGAGGCAAACAACAGUGUAUUUAUUUCUGUAAAUACAGUAUUUAAAUAUUGUACAGAUUUUUAGCAUUGUACGAGCAAUUUCAAAGCCAAGAGUGCAUAUGUCUGUGUUUUUGUGUACGUGCACAUGAAGGAGAGAAGAAAGCUCAUGUUCUGUCACAUGGACAUCCUCAACAUUUCUUUCUCACCAGUCAGAACGUGAGAGUUAGAGGCUUUGUUGUGUUCCUUCAAAGACUGGAUGCGUCACCUUACUGUCACUUUGCAAUCACACAAAAAAGCUUGAAUACCUUUGUCCUUAAAAAUAUUUCAGCCCGUAGGGUUGCAUGGUUCCACGAUCUAAAUGCGCACGGCCCAGUUGGACCGCACACAUUCAGAUUCUCUUCAUUAAAGUGUGAGGCACAGUCACCAAUAAUCAUACAGGUAAAAUCUCCAGAUCUCCAAAAAAGUCUCAAUCAUGAUAGUGCCUAGCAUGAAUAAAUGUGAUGUUCAAAUUCUGUCACCGCCAAGAACAUACAGUGCUUACUUUCACCUGCAGCUCGGUUCAUAAAGACAUCCGUUCGUCCCUGCAAUGGAGGAAGAUCCGUAUUUGAAUAAGCAGAAAAUGAUCGAAUUGGAACGUGCAAAACCUGAUUUCAUAGCUUCGCCUGUUUUUGACUUAAGAUUAAUUUGUUGAAACGUCCAUAAGAUUCAGACGUUAACUGUUGGCCUUUCUAGUCUCAGUGUUGCACAGAUGUAGGAGGCAGUCUGCCCUUUAACAGUCGUUGCAUUAGGGCCACAUUAUUGUUUAAAUUUCAUGCUUUGGAAAGUUACAAAUACAUACUUUAAGAAAAAGUACAAGUACUUUGACGUAUACUCAGUAUACAUCAGCACCCACAGGUGCCAUAAUUAGAGUGGCACCUGUGGAGCACACUGACAGUCAGCAGGAGAUUUAGGAGGAAAAACACUCAGUCUCAGCUGCAACAAACUCCCUUAAAUUAUAUAAUCACACUUUUGAAUUUCAUUUUUUCACUGCCAUGGUCCAGAUAUGCAGCAGUUAUGAGUUAUGUCUGAAUUAUUAUGGAUUUCCUUUGAUCCUUUGUUUAAACUGUGAAUUAAAGCUGGUCUCGCCUUUCAGUGUAAGUGUACAAAGCUGCACAAGCUCCAGUGCCCUCUGCUGUCUUCAGCACUCUUUCUGCGAUGCACGUUUUGCAUGUGUCACAUAGGAAUGGCUGCUAUUACUAAUACACAAAACCACGCUUAACUACUGAUGUUUACUCUGGUAGUGUCCUCUUUUUGAGCUCUGGUGUUUGAGCUCAAGCGAUGGCAGCUCAUAACAAACAUUACUGAUAACUGAACUAAUAACCUUUUAUUUUACACGUCUCUGUGUUCACAAAGCAUAAAUGUAAGACUCUAAUAGCACCGUGGUUUUCUUGUUUAACAUUAGAUGAUUGCUAUGUGUUUUGUACACCUUUGAGUGUUAUGUGAUGCACAGGGUACUGUUAUGUAGCAGCUUUUUACCUAAAGCUAUAACAAGAUUAGCAAGAUUUAGCUGACUAGCUGACUUUAGCUGACUUUAUUCUUGGUGUGUGAAGCAUCAUUUUUGGUCAAUGAGUGAAUGAUUUCAGGUUAUUUGGAUGUGAUUUGAGUAGCACUCUAGUCAGCUUGCGUUGUCUUUAAGCAUCUCCUUAAGACUCUCUAGAAAAUCCAAGAAUUCAGAAGAUUUCGCAGCUAAAAUCACAGAGCUUGUUAUAAGGAUCACCUUAGCCACUCUGGAACGCAAAAACUAAGCAAACUUUAUUGUUUAAGCAAAGACAUUUUUAUGUUUAUUAUUUUUCAUGCAGUACUAUGUGUAUUUUACCAAUGCCAGAUAUUCACUGUCACUAAUAAAAUGUUUAUUUCAAA